ACAUUUGACAUUGGCUACUUCCUCUCCUCCUCAUCAUCGGUCAAACUUUUUGAUCUCUUCGCACCAAAUUCCAAACUCCCCAAUCAAACCUUUGACAAUUUCGUUCCACAUUCUCUCUCUCUCUCUCUCUCUCUCUCUUCAUAUAUCAUCUCAUCACCAUCCAUCUUUUACUCCGAUUUCUUCUGCAGCCUUCAUUCUUUCUCUCUCUCUCUCUUCAAAUGGCGGCUGCUGCGAGUGGUGUCGCCGCUCUUCCAUGGCCGAACGCAGAGCGCGCCACCUCCUCCUUCUCCAAGUCUUCGCAUUCCCAAAUCCGAAUCCCGCACAGGCCUUUCGAGAUUCAGACGCUCAGAAGAUCUGCGUUCAACCCUAGGUGUGAAUUUGGCGCCGAGAAACCGGUUCAGACCGCCACUUCCAGGUCUUUGAGAUCUUCGGCUCUCGAGCUUCUCAAGACGUCCUCGGCUGACAGAUAUACGAAGGAAAGGAGCAGCCUAGCGGUUAUAGGCCUAAAUGUUCACACUGCUCCAGUUGAGCUACGUGAGAAACUUGCCAUCCCUGAAGCACAGUGGUCUCAAGCCAUUGGUGAGCUCUGUGCUUUGAAUCAUAUAGAAGAAGCUGCUGUUCUUAGCACUUGUAACCGUAUGGAAAUAUAUGUGGUGGCUCUCUCCCAGCAUCGGGGGGUUAAAGAAGUGACUGAAUGGAUGUCAAAGGUGAGUGGUGUUCCCGUCUCUGAGCUUUCUAAGCACCGAAUUUUGCUGUACAACGAAGAUGCCACCCAGCAUCUAUUUGAAGUAGCCGCUGGGCUUGAUUCUCUUGUACUAGGAGAAGGUCAAAUCCUUGCUCAAGUCAAACAUGUUGUGAAAGUUGGACAAGGAGUACCUGGUUUUGACAGGAAAAUCAGUGGGCUUUUCAAGCAUGCAAUCACUGUUGGGAAGCGAGUGAGAACUGAGACCAACAUUGCCUCAGGAUCAGUUUCUGUGAGUUCAGCUGCUGUGGAGCUAGCCCUAAUGAAGCUUCCUAAACCUUCCUAUGCUACUGCCAGAGUGUUGGUGAUUGGUGCAGGCAAGAUGGGAAAACUCGUAAUUAAGCACUUAGUUUCUAAAGGGUGCAGAGAAAUGGUGAUUGUUAAUAGGAGUGAGGAGAGAGUUGCUGCCCUACGUGAAGAGUUCAAGGAUGUUGAAAUAAUCUACAAACCCCUCUCAGAUAUGCUAGCAAGCGCUGCUGAAGCCGAUGUCAUUUUCACCAGCACUGCAUCAGAAACCCCAUUAUUCUUGAAAGAACAUGUACAGAUGCUUCCAUCUGUCAGUCCAGAACUUGGAAAUCGGCUUUUUAUUGACAUCUCUGUACCUAGGAAUGUGGAACCAUGUGUCUCAGAUCUUGAAACUGCAUGUGUAUAUAACGUGGAUGACCUCAAAGAGGUUGUGGCGGCUCACAAGGAGGAUAGGCUUCGGAAGGCUAUGGAAGCUCAGAAAAUUAUCACUGAGGAAUUAAGUAAAUUUGAAGCUUGGAAGGAUUCACUUGAGACUGUCCCUACCAUCAAGAAGUUUAGAGCUUAUGCUGAAAGGAUCAGAGCUUGCGAGGUUGACAAGUGUUUGUCAAAGAUGGGCGAUGAUAUCUCAAAGAAGCAACAAAAGGCUAUUUAUGAUCUUAGCAUGGGAAUAGUGAACAAACUCCUUCAUGGUCCGAUGCAGCACCUCAGGUGCGAUGGAAGCGACAAUCGUAGUUUGAGUGAGAUUCUAGAGAAUAUGCAUGCUCUAAACAGGAUGUUUGAUCUUGACACAGACACAUCUGUAUUGGAAGAAAAGAUUCGAGCGAAGGUGGAACGAAUCCAGAAGUAAGGGUCGUUGUAGCUGGUUUUUUCCUUGCUCCAGUUGCAAUUAUGUUGGAAUUCCACGUACUGACCCUGCUAUCGCAACUGUAUACACAGAAAGUCAGUAGUUUGGAGGCCUUUGUUUUUAUUGAUUGACAUUCUUGGGGACAAUUAAAUCUGUCCUACUCAUACAUGGUAGAUUUUCGGCGUAGUAGGCAACAAACCGAAGUUUUGGGGGGAACUUGUUGCUUAUUACAUAUAACAGAGGUUGGUCUUGAGAGUUGAUGAUUCUUGUAGUUAACAAUUCAUUGAAAUUGAGUAUAAUAGUCCACAUACAUACAUAUUUGGCCACGUUCCCUCUUACUUUUACCCCCAAUUUUUUUCUUCAAUUUUUUUAACUAUCAAAAGGAAUAAAAGGCAACAACAGAUUGGAUGAGUUAAGAUGUUUUAGUUUACGGCAUUGCAUCAGAAGGUGGAACUGAAAUUGUUGUAGCCGUUUGGACUUUGGAAAAUCUUGGACAUAUGUAU